UCCUCGCUCCUCGGACUUAACGGGGAAAAUCGCUGUGACUCUUUUUCUUUAAGGGAAACAAUUUCCGAUGUCCUCGCAUCUUGGUUUGUGAAGGUCGUCCGAAUCGCUGGCGUAGAGAAGCGAAGGAUAUUCUUUUCCCCUCUCUCUUGUCUUUUCGGGAAUUCCAACUCUUUGGUGAAGUGGUGAAAGUGGUCGAACGAAGAGACUUUCGUGUAGAAUGAACCCAAACUUUGUGGCAUACUGAUAAGAGGAAAAUAUUUCUCGAUGUAUAGAUAGAAAAUAUUAAAAUACGUGAGGGCUAAAUGCUGAUAUAACCGAAAGAAUAUAUAUAUCCAUAUUUAAUAAGUGUACUGCGGGGCUUAAAUAUAUAUCUCUCGGUGGUGGAUUCUGCGACUAAAGAAUAGGACACGGACAGAGACUUGAGCGGAUAAACGGAUAAAACGGAGAGCAUUACAACCGAACAGCAGAUUGAGAACGUGACAGCCUGGCGACAUGACAGAGCGCAGGCAAGGUUAAUUUUCCUUCCUCUGGUGACGUCAUGACAAGGUGCUGUGCGGAGGAGCAUCAUUAGAUCCGAUUGCCGCAGUGACCAAGUGUCCGCCCUCCAGAGUAUCGCCGCCCGCGCUUGCAUGAUGUGGGUGAGGCGCCCGAUGGGCGGCCCCUUGUGGCGCGGUGGGCGUGCCGGCGAGAGGAAGGUCGCGUGAUGGCAACGCCCCAGAGCCGAGUGUCUCACGCCCCUAGCACCGAGAACCUGCUGGCUCCGCCUAAGGCCGAGACGCCCCUCUGCGCCAUGCCGCGCCCUCUGAUCACAAUGGGCGAGAGCGCCGACAGUGGCGACAGCGUGACGGCGUCGCUCUUCCCCUCCAGCGCCGCCGUCGUCGGCCAGCGCUGCCCCCCCGACGCGCAGCACGACGCGGGCGCCACGCGCUCCGUCCCCGACAUCGAGCUGCACGCCCGCGAGGUGAGCACGCGGCCCGAGUACCGCGGGUACCGCCUGCUGGCGCCGCAGGUGCGGUGCUCGUGUUCGCACCUGCCUCGCGCGCCGUCCCGCGAGAGCGUGCGCUCCGUGCAGGGCGGCAGCGAGGUGGUGGUGGUGGCGCCCACCUCGUACCGCGACCGCAUCAUCCGCCAACACUCGCAGCCCGAGACCUGCCUGCACUGCCACCACCCGAAGCCCUCCGCCUCCCUGCGCCACCUGCCGCGCCUCGACUCCUGCUCCGCCACCACGCACGCCGCCGAGGGCAUCGCCACCAUCGCCGCCGACACGCUGCGCAUCAACGGCGCGCUCAGCUCGUUCAAACAGGUGGGUGGCCUCCUUAGCUAUAUUCUCUGA